UGUAAAACUAUUUGGAACAGUUGACAGCUACUCCUCAUCUCGGAGGACUGAAGGGGAGUUUCCUCCCUGGAGAAAAGCGUGUUUCUCCUGAAGUUUGCAAGAACCUCAUCCGGUCUGCUCAGCUUUUUAUUCCCUCUUCUGAAGCUAAAUUCAGACUCAAACAGGCUAAUUCUGUUUGUUCUGUUGGAAUCAGAAAACACAGACUGAAAAGUUCAAAGGAAACUUUGCAAGAUCAGAGGAAGAAGUGGAAGCAGAGGAAAGGCGACGCUUCGUGAGAAUCCUCGCGCUGCGGCGGACAGCAGUUUCAGCGCACAGACGCAGGUGGAUGCUGGACGCAGUCCCGCGCGGACAUGUUCCCCCUGGCCCAGUUCGGGGUGCUGUCGGCUUUGGCCACGGCGCUCACUUCGCUCCUGUCCGCGCUCGUGCUGCUGGUUCUGACCCGCCAGCUGUGGAGCCUCCGCUGGAGUCUGACCCGGGACAAGGAGAGCAGCCUGCCGCUGCCGCGGGGCUCGAUGGGAUGGCCGCUGGUCGGAGAGACCUUCCACUGGCUCUUCCAGGGAUCCAACUUCCACAUCUCUCGCAGAGAGCGUCAUGGCAACGUGUUUAAGACCCACCUCCUGGGGAAGCCCGUUGUCCGGGUGACAGGUGCCGAAAACAUCCGUAAGAUCCUGCUGGGAGAGCACAGCCUGGUGUGCACCCAGUGGCCCCAGAGCACCUGCAUCAUCCUGGGGCCCAACACCCUGGUUAACUCCAUUGGAGACCUCCACAAGAGGAAGAGAAAAAUCCUGGCCAAGGUGUUUAGCCGGGGGGCUCUGGAGUCCUACCUGCCCCGGCUUCAGGACGUCAUCAAGUCUGAAAUCGCCAAGUGGUGCUCGGAGCCGGGCGCUGUGGAAGUGUACGCCGCCGCCAAGUCCCUGACGUUCCGUAUCGCAGUCCGGAUCCUGCUGGGUUUGCAGCUGGAGGAAGACCUGAUCCUCCAUCUGGCCAAGACCUUCGAGCAGCUGAUGAACAACCUCUUCUCGCUUCCAAUAGAUGCUCCGCUCAGCGGGCUGCGAAAGGGUAUAAAAGCCAGAGAAAUCCUGCACGCCCACAUGGCCAAAAUCAUCGAGGAAAAGAUGGAAAGGCAGCAUGUGGAGGACGAAUAUCACGAUGCUUUUGACUACAUGCUGUCCAGUGCCAAGGAACACGGGCAUCAGCUCACCAUCCAGGAGCUCAAGGAAACAGCGGUGGAGCUGAUCUUUGCGGCUCACUCCACCACGGCCAGCGCCUCCACAUCUCUGGUUCUGCAGCUUCUUCGCCACCCGGCCGUGGUGGAGAGGGCCAGGGCCGAGCUGGAGGCCGAGGGCCUCGGCUACGAAUCUAACCAAGGCCGCAGCCCAUCUUGCAUCGCCAUGGAAACAGAAGUAGAAGCUGCUGAGUUGGAGACCACCCGUCUGCUGGACAGUCUGAGUGCUAACGAUAGUUUUCCAUGUCCUCGGUCUCACAUUCCGUACCUGAGCCUGGAGAAGCUGAGUCAGCUCCGCUACAUCGACUGUGUCGUUAAGGAGGUGUUCCGCUUCCUGCCGCCGGUCUCCGGGGGUUACCGGACGGCCCUGCAGACCUUCGAACUAGAUGGGUACCAGAUUCCCAAAGGCUGGAGUGUGAUGUACAGCAUCCGGGACACCCAUGAGACCGCGGCGGUCUUCCAAAGCCCCGAACUGUUCGAUCCCGACCGCUUUGGGCUGGAACGGGACGAGAGCCGGUCGGCCCGGUUCAGCUACGUCCCGUUUGGUGGCGGCGUCCGCAGAUGCGUCGGGAAAGAACUGGCCCAGAUCAUUCUGAAAACUCUGGCCGUGGAGCUGAUCGGAACCUGCAAAUGGACCCUGGACACGGAGGACUUUCCCAAGAUGCAGACGGUGCCGAUAGUUCACCCGGUGAACGGGCUGCACGUGCGCUUCUCCUACAGCUACCCGCUCUAGGUGCAGGAAGACCUCACCAGGCCCGACGCUGCAGGCCUCCGCAGACAUGACGGGGUUCACGCGCCUGCAGCGCCUCGUCUCGUCACGCGUUUCCCUCCUUCUCCCCAUCUUACCGUAAUCAUGUGUUCAGGUUGAGGAGGGAAAGUUUGCCCCCCUCCCGAUGGACUGCAGAGCUUUACACAGACCAGCUGCUGGACCUGAACACCACCCAGCUUUUCACAUGCCUCUUUUCUCUGUUUCUAAGUUAUUAAAAUAUGCAGGCAGAGUGACUGGCGGCUCGCGCCACCUGCACACAGGAAGUUUCUCUGCAAGCGUCCAACGUCAUGUUAGUUCUGCAGCUUUUACGUCAUCUCGGAGCCAGACUUCCAGAGGCUGAGACUCUGCAGAACAUCAGGAUUAAAUCCAGUUCUCGGUCCUCCUAGUCUGCAGUCCUGGUUUGCUUCUCAUGACUUGGACUUCCUGGACUGACAGAAAACUCUGUACAGUAACAAACUAGACGUUCAGGGCUGUGACUGGACUGGUUUCUGCAGCCAUGAUGAUGUUUCACCCUGUUCUGCAUGUCCUCUGUUUUAUCUCUGAAUGUGGCGUAGGUUCCUCCCUGAGCUGUUGUGUGUAUCAAAUGAAGUAGCAUCAUGAAUAAGCUGUAUUUAAAAUGCAGAUGUAUGUUGUACUUUCUAGUUUCUAUAGACAUUAACCUGUAGAAAGGCUGAUUUUCUCUGUUAGGACGUAGAAAUCUUUCACCGUUAGGAGCAGCAAACACUGAGAGUAAAGUUGUUACUGUUAUUAUUUCUGGUGUAAUUCUAGGAGAGAUUCUGCUGAAUAGAUGUCUGAAAUCUUUCAUAGGAAUGAUUAAUGGAAGGAGAUAGCACUUUCUCUGUAUAUAUGUGUCUGUUCCAGCUGCUGUACAGUUUGAGAGUAAAUUAGAAAAUGAGAAAGCAA